UUUCAAAGCGACUUGGCAACGAGGGUACAGCAAGUGGAAAACCAAAGUCCACUUAUCAAACUUUGUUAUUAGGCUUAUUUUAAUUUCUAGUCUUUUAAUUAGCAACCAUGGCCCGCGUUCUUGUUGGAGUUAAAAGAGUUAUCGAUUAUGCAGUUAAAAUUAGAGUUAAACCUGACAAAACUGGAGUGGUUACUGAUGGUGUUAAACACUCCAUGAACCCCUUCGACGAGAUCGCAGUAGAAGAAGCUGUCCGGCUAAAGGAGAAGAAAAUCGCAUCUGAAAUUAUUGCAGUAUCAUGUGGACCGGCCCAAUCCCAAGAAGUCCUUCGCACAGCUCUGGCCAUGGGUGUUGAUAAGGGUAUUCAUGUUGAAGUGACAGGUCCUGAUUAUGAAACUCUUCAGCCCAUCCAUGUGUCAAAGAUUUUAGCCAAAUUGGCUGAGAAGGAGAAAGCAGAUAUUGUUAUUGUGGGCAAACAAGCCAUUGAUGAUGAUUCAAAUCAAACAGCACAAAUGACUGCUGCCUUCCUUGAUUGGCCCCAAGCCACAUUUGCUUCCAAGAUUGAAAAGGGAGAUAAGGAUAUUACAGUAACCAGAGAAGUUGAUGGUGGGCUGGAAACUAUUAAAUGCAAACUGCCUGCAGUUAUCAGUGCAGACCUUCGCCUUAAUGAACCACGUUAUGCCACAUUACCAAACAUAAUGAAAGCAAAAAAGAAGCCAAUUGCAAAAAUGACGCCCAAGGAUUUGGGUGUGGACACAACAGCUAGAAUCCAAGUGGUCAGUGUUGAAGACCCACCAACUCGCCAAGCAGGCGCAAUUUUACCUGACGUUGACGCUCUUGUUGCUAAACUCAAGGAGGGGGGACAUGUUUAAAAUGUAAUUUUACAAGUUUUAGUUGUUAUCUGUUUUCUAUAAAGGUUUAUCUAUAAUUUUUAAGAAAACUUUCUACUGUCAAUAUAUUUUUACACUAUUAA